AUGGCAGAGGGACCCCAGGAGCUAAACGCUUUAAGUGUUUGUGCUGUACAAUACUUUACGAACACAUCAUAUGCUAGCUGUGCAACAAAUUUAAUGGCUUUAUCAACUUCAGCAUUGAAUGUACAGCCGUCUGGUUGUUACAUGGGCUAUUGUGAUUUUGUACGCUGCUUAAGAAGAACAAAUUCAAUUAAUUUGAUAACGCAAUGUACAAGAGAAGCUCGGACUGGUGUUAACAUCACACUUGAUAGUGAUAAUGUCCGAUUUUACACGAAUGUAACUUCAUGUAUUUUGGCAAAAUCUAGGUGUGGUACUUUCAACCCAAUUACCGGAGACCCGCAAACACCAGGUUAUACAUCUACUGGUUUACGAUUAAGCAAUGCUCUACAAUUUUCUGACGCUGGUGAACUCCGGGUGUUAGCAUUUUCCACGGCUACACCUGUUUCAACUUCAUUUUGUUCUACAUCUACAAAUUUAACUCAAACGAAUUGGUUAACUAAUGUUUGUUAAUAUAAAAAAUCUGAUUAAAAGUGAGUACCUAUUAAAUAAAUAAAUCAUGAAUGUCUUCCUUUGCUAAAUAUAAAACUAGCGGUCAAGUAUCGCUUUGACAGUAACGGAUCCAAUCAAUAGGCUACUCGCCUGCUGUACAAAACUAAAAAGAUUUUUUGCUAAAAGGUAGUUUAGAUGUCAAGGAACUCUAAUUACAUUUUUAUUAGUGAAAAUAAUCUCGUAAUUGUAAUAUUUUUAUAAAACAAAAUUGUAUUUUUAUCACGUCACUGCAAAUGCCAACUGUAACGUCACUCGCUACAAGGCAUCGGUUUGUGAUUGGCGUUUUGCGGUGACGUGAUAUAAUCACAUCACUGCAAACGCCAAUCACGCUGUUAUCUUUAUGAAUGACGUCACUUACUAAUGUGUUGUUUCGGCGCUAAAAAUUUUACGUAGAUAAUUUUUCAUUUAUAUUAAUUUUUUUACUGGUUAUUAUUGACGGGACAAAAUAAAGUAUAGCAUAUAAUACUUCCGUAAUUCAGUUUAAACACUGUUUACAAAAGAGGCAAGUAGCCUUUUGAAAGAAAGUUUAUUGGCAACAUACAACAUUACAUUACAUGAUGAUGUUAUUGACGUGACAACGUCAUAUAAUUCAAUGGAGCCGGCUGCGCACUCGAAAAAAGAUGAUGACGUCAUGCGUCGUUCCCCUUGCUCUAGGGUUGCCAACUUUUAGACAAAUUUUACUAGAAAUAAAGUAUAUUCUGGUCUAUGAAGAUCAUUAAGUACAGUACAGUGUUUAGAAAAACGAAGACUUUCUUUUGAAAAAUGCAACCAUUCCAUCAGUAUUUUUUUAUGACGAUGUCACGUUCAACUAUCGUCAGUAAACCGAGUUUACAGACAAACGAUUUUUUAUAUAUAAUUUAUGACUUCUAGAUCUCUAAAAACAUACACACCCUACGUCAGUAAGUAAUUUACGAUCCUGAAAUCUUAAAUCUAGGAUGUAGAUGGCGCUGCUUCAUAAAGA